GGGCUAGAGGUAAAUACUCUUAAAUCGGAAGGGAGCUGCCUCCAGUGUGGUCUUGACAGGCGCUGCCUGGGCUCCGCGGCGCUGUAAUAACUGGGUGACCUUUUCUUGGGCUGUAUUAUGUCUGGCUGGGAAGGGAUUGCAUUUUGCGGCUGAGAGCCAGGGCUUGCUUCAGCUCGGGCUCCUCGCACGCUGCCGGGGUAAGUUGUCUGGAGCCAGGACCAAGAGAGACAUCCCCCCCGGACUGCAGUUGCCUAAAAGAAGGACACCUGUGGCUCGCAUGCGGUCCACACUGGUACUUUGCGGAUCCUGGAGGACCUCAUUAAUUUAAACUUAAAAAAAAAAAUAGAGAUCCACCCCCCCUUUUUUUCAAACAAUGUUUCUUUUUGACCUUUCCCAAGGAGAAGCGCUACCAAGCAGCCUCUGUGCUCACUGAACACCCUCCCUGUAUCGCUUAAUUGAGAAGGCAUACAAAUGCUCUCAGUUCAGCCAGACACCAAGCCGAAAGGUUGUGCUGGCUGCAACCGCAAAAUCAAGGAUCGGUACCUUCUAAAGGCACUGGACAAAUACUGGCAUGAGGAUUGCCUGAAGUGUGCCUGCUGCGACUGUCGUUUGGGAGAGGUGGGCUCCACGCUGUACACUAAAGCUAACCUUAUCCUCUGCCGCCGAGACUACCUAAGGCUGUUUGGUGUAACAGGAAACUGUGCUGCGUGUAGCAAGCUCAUCCCUGCCUUUGAGAUGGUGAUGCGUGCCAAGGAUAAUGUGUACCACCUGGACUGCUUUGCCUGUCAGCUUUGCAACCAGAGAUUUUGUGUCGGAGACAAAUUUUUCUUAAAGAAUAACAUGAUCCUCUGCCAGACAGACUACGAAGAAGGCCUGAUGAAAGAAGGCUACGCACCCCAGGUCCGCUGAUCCGUCAGCAUCACCCCCAACAACACAAAGCACUACAUCCCUUUAUCUUUUUUGCUCACCUGUAUAUAAGAAUUGACACAGGAACCUACUAAAUAGGGUAGUGGUAGGACAGCAGGAUGGCCGGCCAUAUGGAAGAAAAGGCGGACUGCAUCUUUAUGUAGUAAAAUUGCCCCAGUUCAAGAGUUGAAUGUCCAUUAUUAAAGAAAGAAAAGUAAUGUAUAUAUUGCUGGAUUUUUUGCUUGCUAUUCGUUUUUGUGUCACUUGGCAUGAGAUGUUUAUUUUGGACUAUUGUAUAUAAUGUAUUGUAAUAUCUGAAGCACAAAUGUAAUACAGUUUUAUUGUGUUACCAUUUGUGUUUUGUUUGCUUCUUUGUAUUGUUGCAUUUGGGUACAAUCAGUGUUUAAACUUACUGUAUAUUUAUGCUUUCUGUGUCUACCAGCUAUUUUCAAUGAGCUAUACCUUUCUAGUAAGAACUGAAGAGCAAACCUCACCGAUGACACACAGAUAAUGCAAGACUAUCACAUUAGAAACACAAAAGUAAAUAAGUAAACACAGGCAAAGCAGUUAGUGACACCCACUCCUUAUGGCUCCUACAGUUAGGUGUAUUCAUGGUCUCAUGAUAACCCCCUAUUUUCAGGGGACUAAAGAUCAGCUUUAAAAAAAAACAAUAAAGAUUUCAGCUUAAAGCACUUUCAUUUUAUACCAACGUGAAAAGUGCCAUUUUUAGAAUGUCGUUAAGACUUAGUGAUGUCAUUUUAAUACUCUUUAUUGUGUCCCUCACCUUCGCUAUACAUUUAUUCUCUUUUUCUUUUCUCAAUCACACACCGUUUGUGAAAUAGUGCCUUUGGGUAGCAUGUAAAUUCUUUUUCCAAAGGGUUACUCUAAAUGAAAACGGUAUUAUCACAAUUAGGACAUAAUUUUUCAAAUUUAAAAUUCCUUGUAUAAAUGUUGUCCAGGCUUCUCCCUAGGAGAUGGGGCUUGAUGUCUUUAUGGUUAACGCACUGAUGACACCACACGGACCGGAGUGUGAUUCCACUGAAGCCAGGAUGAUGCCCCUUGAGUUCUUCGCCAUCGUCCUACUCAGAUCAUGUAACACUUGGGCUAAAAAUCUAUCUUUUUCAUUUCUUUUUCAUGAUGAAAUGUUUUCCCCUUAUUUAAAUGAUAGCUGAUGAAGAAGAAUGUUCUAGAAACAGAAACUGUGGGAAAGGAUUUACUUAAACUGCAACUAAGGAAAUAAAACCGAGACUCUGGUUCCCUCUUCUGCUCACACGUUGUUAUUUUGGUUUUGCAUUCUGCGGUGAGACAAGUUUUCCCCAAAUCCACUCCGAACAGGCACUGUGAACCAUAUUUGUUCUCCAGCAAACUCUGCACCAUGGGUUUUCUCAUUGUUCUCCAUUGCGUAUACAGGAAAUGUCCCCCACCGUUAUCUGCAUUACAUAUUUUCCGUGCCAGUUUCUGCAUUA